ACUGCCGCUCUGGGCGCAGGCACUGUGGUUCAGUCUUUGCUCAGACUUCGCGAAGAUGUGGCGCAGCGGCAACGGCAGCGGCGUAGAACCAGAAAUCAAAUUGAGCUAAGCAGAGAUUGGCGCCUUUCCAUUCAGCCGUUGAGUUCGCCAUGUGCUGGUGCGCACGUGUCUAUUGGACGGUUCUGCAGAAUCUGUUCGCGCGCUUCUACAACAGCCUCACGGAUCGCAGCUGCGCCGCUGGCUAUCCACGGAGCUGCUGUGUCUGCUGUGGCGGCUACAGGCGCCAGCCCGGCGACGACGACGGCGACGCUGACGUCGACAGCGCUGCGGACAAACAAGUUUCAGAAUCGAUCGUCGAUGACGAUCCACGGCGAGCACCACACGAUUAUGUCAUAGUGGAUGAUGCUGAUGCCAACUAUGUGGAGAUCGAGCAGCGUCAGAUCGAGACGGAGCUGUAUUACUUUACCGUGGAUCGCAGCAUGGCUGAGCGCAUGCUCUGCGAGCGUGAGGAUGGCGCCUGUUUGGUGCGUCCCUUCAAGGCGACGGACGUGUGCAUCAAGUACAUAGUUAGCAUCUGGGCGGCCGGUCAGUAUUACCAUCUGUUCGUGCGCCAGAUUGAUGGACGCCAGCGUUUCGCCAUUGGCCAGUGGAAGCAGCAUGAGCGGCACUUCAGCUCGCCCUGCGAGAUCAUCGAGUUCUAUGCGGAGCACGCGCUCCUCUGCACCAACAAGGAGCGCAGUCACAGCGUGCGCCUGAAGCCCAUCAGCUACGCCUAGCCUAAAGAUCUACAUCUAA